UCCCCUUUUGCAGCCGCGUGUGUGUUUACAAAAAAAGUCAAAACAUCAAUCGCGUAACAUCGUCGUUCCGCUUCCCGGGUUAAAAAUGUUCCAAAUUUUACGAAAAAGUGCCGGGAAUCUGUGCGCGUUGCGCGUCCAGCUCAUCGGAGCAUCGUCGUCCGGCCAAUGCAGGGCUCUUACCCAGCAGCAACAGCAGGUGAUUGAACUGCCGGAGGUUCGUCCGCCGCGUGCGGUUUGGAUCGAGAAUCUGGACACGGUGGAGGAGCGCAAGUUGGCCAUUCAGGAGCUGAGCAACGAGGUGUUUGGGGCCACCCCGCGGAUAGACAUUGUCCACCAGAACGUCGAGUGGCAGCGCAAGUACCGGUAUGUAAGCUUUGCCCAUGCUAAGACGCGGAAUGAGGUUCGGGGAGGUGGUCGGAAGCCGUGGCCUCAGAAGGGUCUGGGAAAGGCGCGGCAUGGGUCGAUCCGGUCGCCGCUGUGGCGCGGAGGUGGCAUUGCGCACGGACCACGUUCGCCGACGACGCACUUUUACAUGCUGCCGUUCUUCAACCGGGUUUUGGGGCUGGUGUCGACGCUUUCGAUAAAGCUGGCCCAGGACGAUCUGCACAUCGUGGACAGUUUGGACAUUCCGACCGACGAUCCGCAGUUUUUGCGGGAUCUGGUGCAGGAACGGGCGUGGGGACCGUCGGUGCUGUUUGUGGACAGUUCUGACUUGAUGCCGAGGAACAUUACGGCCGGAACGGAAUCGAUUGACCACGUGAACCUGAUGCCGGUGUACGGGUUGAACGUGUACUCGAUGCUGAAGCACAACACGCUGGUGCUGACGCGGGAGGCCGCCGAGGAGAUUGAGGCCAAGCUUAGUGAACAGCUGCACCGCAACGAUGCCCGGUCGUUGAUGACCAAGUUUAAGGUUGAUCGGUAGAAUGUUUGAGGGGAAUGUAAAUAUAGUUGUUUGAACGAG